AUGGCUUCCGAGAAGCGUCAACGGGGCGAGGAGCUUGAGGGAGAUAUUACCUUCAUCAAGACCCCCGCUCCCGCACCCCUCAAGUUCAGCACCAACGAGGACUGCGGUGUCAAGACCACCAACUACCCCACCAUCAACAACCCUCCUCUUCCUGCUGAAGGCCCUGGCCAUGAGUCCUUUUCGAACUGGGUUCUCGGAGGUCUGAUGUUCGGUGUCCCCUUGUGGCUCACCCGAACCUUUGGCGGCGGCUUGAAGACCUACAUCUUCUUCGUCCUCGUCUGCUUCCUCCCCAGCUUGAUCGUCGUCUGGACCGUCGCCUCGACCUACUCUCCCCGCAUGAACGAGAAGGCCAAGCUCCCCGGCCGCCCUGUUGAGCACUACAUCACCUUCAAGAAGGAGGCCGACCGCCAGAGAUGGCGCGGCCGUAACAAGAUCCCCAUCAAGACCUUCUACGAGAUGUACUUUGACGGCGAGGUCGACUUCAACGGCGACUGCCUCGAGGUUAUGGAGUACCGCCACGACUGGGCCACCUUCCAGUUCACCUGGCCCGUCCUGCAGUUCAUCCUCUUCACCUUCUUCCGCGACGUCGCUUUCCACUCGCGUGCUCAGGAUGAGGAGCAGAUCCGUCCCACCUACGACACUGGCAACGACCACUACUCCUGGUUCCUCGGCCCCCGCAUGAUCUACACUAGCGGUGUCUUCUCCGACAUCACCCGCGAGGAGACCCUCGAGGAGAUGCAGGACAACAAGAUGGCCAUCGUCUGCGAGAAGAUCGACCUCAAGGAAGGCGAGUCCAUGCUCGACAUUGGCUGCGGAUGGGGUACCCUCGCCAGAUUCGCCAGUGUCAACUACGGCGCCCACGUCACCGGAGCUACCCUCGCCCGCAACCAGGCCGCCUGGGGUAACGACGCCCUCCGCCGCGCCGGCAUCCCCGAGAGCCAGAGCAACCUCCUCUGCAUGGACUACCGUGACAUUCCCGUUCGCAAGUACAACAAGAUUACCCAGCUCGAGAUGGGUGAGCACGUCGGUAUCAAGCGUCUUACCGGUUUCUUCCGCCAGUGCUACGAUCUUCUCGAGGAUGACGGUUCCAUGUUCGUUCAGCUUUCUGGUCUCCGCAGACCCUGGCAAUACGAGGAUCUUAUCUGGGGUACCUUCCUGAACAAGUACAUCUUCCCUGGUGCCGAUGCCUCCACUCCUCUUUGGUACUACAUCAGCUGUCUCGAGAAGGCCGGAUUCGAGGUUAAGAGCGUCGACACCAUUGGCGUCCACUACUCCGGCACUCUCUGGCGCUGGUACAGAAACUGGCUCGGCAACUCCGAGACCAUCAACGCCAAGUACGGCCAGCGCUGGUACCGCAUCUGGGAGCUGUUCCUCGCCUGGUCCACCAUCGCCUCCCGCCAGGGCAGCGCCACCUGCUUCCAGAUGGUCGUCGUCAAGAACCUGAACGCUACCCACCGUAUCGAGGGCUGGGCUUCCCAGUUCGGUCUCUCUGGCGCCCUCGCCAAGGCCAAGGCCAAGGGCAAGGCUGUCCUCGCCCAAUAA